AUGCAAGGAGCAGAGGAGGAGCAGGAGGAUGCGGGACCCUCUUGUUCCUCUCAGGCCCCUGGGUUUGUGGAGGCCUUUAUUGAAGUGCGCAUUCACAAACUCCAGCAGCGGCAGUUCUUUCUGCAGAAGAUGCAGCAGGUGAUCCAGAGAGCACAGGACACCCAGCACGAUGAUGGAGAUGUGAGUGAACUGGAGCUGGUGGAGAAGGAGUUGGAAGAGCUGAUGAGACAGAAGCAGAGCCUGAUCCCCCAGUCCCCCCUGUACACAGGCAUGUCCCCUGCACUCUCCCACUCAAUACAAUAUACAUACUUUACAACGCUGUCUUAUAUGUCACUUAAAGGUAUGGGUAAGAUUUGGUUUGUGGUGGAUCUGGUUGAACGCUCGGAUCGAGAGCUGGGUCUUGGAACCAGAACAGACAGUGAGGCCGAUGGGCAGUUGUUGAGCAGGUGGGAGUAG